AUGGAAAAGAACGCCAUCUCUACUGUGCCUGUGCCUGUGCCGCCUGGGAAUAUAGACUCCCAGGUUGCCCAGGUCCUCCACACCGAGACCACGCCUGAAGAAGAGAAGAGGGUUCUCCGGAAGAUCGACCUGCAUAUAAUCCCCGUCAUGGGCCUCUGCUACAUGCUACAAUACAUGGACAAAGUCACCCUCGGCUACGCCACGCAACUAAACCUGCAAUCCGACCUGCACCUCCACGGCUCCGAAUACAGCUGGUGCUCGUCCGUCUUCUACUUCGGGUAUAUGUUCUGGAGCUGGCCAAGCAGCUACAUCUCCGUCCGCUUCCCGAUAGGAAAGUACCUAGGGGUCUCCGUCGCGCUCUGGGGCGUGGUCCUGACAACACACGCCACAUGUUCUAAUUUCGGCGGCCUGCUGACCGCGCGGUUCCUUCUUGGUGUGACAGAGGCUGCGGUGGCGCCUGGAUUCUCGCUUAUCACGGGGAUGUUCUAUAAGACGCGUGAGCAGCCGAGUCGGAUGGCGUUGUGGUUUCUGGGCAAUGCCGUUGCGAAUGUUGUCUCGGGGUUGAUUGCUUAUGGGAUUGGGAGGAUUGACUCGCAUAUUGCGGCGUGGAAAUUGCUCUUUAUUAUCCUGGGGAUUGUGACGGUUGCGUAUGGGGUGUUUCUUGUGUUUGUGCUGCCGGAUUCGCCGGCGAGGGCGUGGUUUUUGACGGAUGCUGAGAGGAAGAUUGCCCUUCAUCGGACGGUGGAGAAUCGGACGGGCGUUAUGGAUGAAGGCGAGUUUAGGGUUGAGCAGAUGGUGGAUGCGUUGACGGAUCCCCAGGCCUGGUUGCUGGUGGGAUACAGUGUUGCUCAGAAUAUCCCCAACGGGGGAUUCAGUUCGAACCAGUUCAGCAGCAUCAUCAUCAACGGCUUCGGCUUCAGCGAGCUCAACUCGCUGCUCCUCUCAGCACCAGGGGGUCUUUUGCAGAUUGCAGCCAUCGGGGGUAUCUGCUGGGCAUCGACAUACGUCAAGAAGAGCCGGAUAAUCACCAUGAUUGUGGUGAUUCUGUUCGCACUCGUGGGUGUCAUCCUGAUGAACGCACUGCCCGAUUCGAACCGCUGGGGCCGAUGGGUUGGGAUCUUCCUGCUGGGUCCCUUUGCAACGAGCAUCCCGAUCUCUCUGAGCCUGAUUACGUCGAAUGUAGGCGGAUUCACGAAGAAGGCAACUGUCUCGGCGAUGCUGUUCCUGGCUUAUUGCACGGGGAAUAUCAUUGGGCCUCAGCUGUUUCUGGAUAGCGAGGCGCCGAAGUAUACUACCGGCCUUAAAGGAGUCCUUGCUGGAUUCGCUCUUGCAAUAUUCUUCCUGGUGCUGUUGUACAUCUACUACGAGGUCGAGAACAGACGACGAGACAGGAAACACGGUCCAAGCAGUCCUGACGAUACAGAGGAAUUCCUGAACCUCACAGACAGACAGAUACCGUCGUUUAGAUAUAUACUGUAACAAUAAUAUCCCCGAUCGGAGCACAGUCCGAUCUCCAACCCCGCACAAAUAUCACACC